UCACCAUUCCUAGUUGCUGCAGCAUGGCCACAACUCUAUAGCGUAGAGUGUGCGCACUGCCCUUAACUGAUCAGGAAAGUUUCGCGCCAUACAGCUACUUGAUCCUCAGGCCGAGCAUCGCUGUGGACGCGGCAGACGCUACACCGACUUGUCACGCUUCGCCAUGGAGGCUCACGGUCAAGACGCAUUGUUCAACGACGCAUGGCUUAGGCCAAGGCCGGCCCUAGACGACCCCUACCUGGAAACUAUUACCGUCACCAGGGAGCCGGAGAAGGCUGACACCCUCGGGGUGACAAUUGGCGGCGCAGGAAGCGGAUCAACGGUAAUGCUCGGUGGUGCUUACCAGCCGGUGUGUCCGGCUGCCACUGAGCUGCCGCCGGUUGAGCCCUACCAGUGCGUAACAACUUGCGCAGCUUCGACGCCAGAACUUGUGGCUAAAGCAUCACCGCCGACCAAACCCCCGUACUCGUAUGUUGCUCUAAUCGACAUGGUGCUCAAGGAAGCUCCGGGUGGAAAACUUCCGCUGAGUGGUAUCUACAACGCCAUCAUGGCACGCUUUCCGUACUACAAGAAGGAACAACGCGGGUGGCAGAACUCCAUACGCCACAACCUCAGCCUGAACGAAUGCUUCGUUAAGGUGCCUCGUGAUGACGCAUCGGAUGCCAAAGGCCAUUAUUGGUGUGUGCACCCUGCGUACAAGGACAUGUUCAAGGACGGAAACUACCACCGGCGCAGGCGUAUGAACCGCUGCUCAAGGCCUGUCCCAGGGCCAGAUUUGCUCGGUGCCACGCGCAUGGCUUCUCGGAUAGCGCGACCAGAAGCAGCAGCAGCAGCCUUCACUGGUAGUGUUCCGGGUGCUUUUUCGCCCAUUCAGCCUUCGCAGCAAGACGCAUUUCUCGGUUACGGCGAACAGAUGCUGCAUCACCACCAGCACGGCUUGGCCAACGCACGGUCGCAGGUCACCGUGGAACCAUUUUACGAGGCGGCGCAGACAGCUUCUGGCUUGUGGCCCCAGCAUGCGCCUUCCGAUGGACGGCACUAGACACAGGCAACGGGACUGAUGCGGAUAAUCAUUAAAAAGAAUUGCCUUUCACAGUAUGAUGUCCGCGUGACCACGUUUUUUUUUCCUGUGUAUCGUCCUUGAGUGGAAUAGCCUAAAUACAUCUAAAACUAACGACCUAUCGCAGUCAGGUUUUGCGAAGAUGUGUGAAGAUGCUAUAAGCAAUUAGUAAACAGUCUUUGCUUAACAAUGUUUUUCAACUUACAUUAUCUCAUGCAACUUUUUUGUACUGACAUUUUUUAACUUCCACUUUCUUGCACCAAACCUAAUUCUGAUUUCGCAUAUUUGAGUUAUUUGCACAAUUUUGUUGCAUUUUAAUUCAUAUAUCAGUGUUCGAGAUUUCACUUUCAGUGCAUUUCAGCUUAGUGCAUUUGUUUGAUGCAUCUUUACACAGAAAAAGUGCUGUAUUUGUUUUAUGGUCUUUGUAAUGAAACCUGUAUUUCUGUAAAAUAUACGCCCACCUGCUUUGGUAUCGACAUGAGACUGACAGUAUUGUAAAUAAAGAUUUCGGCAUGUUUUAUGGAGAGCCGUCAAGGUCGAGUCUGGCCGUGUGUCGUAGAUAAAAGAUGGCCAUCGUGAUAAACGAGUACACGUGCCAUUUUCAUCCUUUUCUUCAUCGCCCUUCUCUCCUGCUUGGCUACCGGAAGACUCGCCACUUUGUCCAGCGAACUAGGCAGUAACUUGUUGGGCAAGGUAAGAAUACGGAGAAGAAGAAGAAGAAAAGAAAGAAAGAAAUGCUGGAAAAAAUUGAGGCGAGAUUCGACUCACGUACCGACGAUUCGAAAGGAAAUGUCCAAAUCAUUUCACCAUUCUGCCCUUGUCAUUAUUGUGUUGUUAAUGCAUUACAUAUACAGAGUGUCCAACGUAUCUUUAGCAAGAGUUUAAAAAUAUGCCGGAACACGUUAUUACGCCGUGACCAAAUUCAUGUUGCUCACUGUUGCCCACAGUUGGACUAUCUUUUGUGUUCUCAACUGUUGUUUACUUAGGUCUGUUUAAUUAACUAACUUUUGAAGGAACAAAAAUGGUAGAGAAUUUCAGCGAAAAAGAAGUAGAUAGGUUCGCAAAACGUCCAAAUAGACUGUUUUGAACUUUUAUAUCUGGUAAGUAUUAGUGUUUUUCUACCGAAAUAAAUGCCUUCGAAAUAAAAAAUAACACGCGGCGAACCCACUCGCGCUUCAAUGCGCACGAAGAUUGUAGUGCUCCCUAUCAUUCCGCAUACAAACCACACGUUCAUGACACAGGUUCAUGACAGCGAUAAGCAGCCGUUGUCGUUUUUGUGGGGCAAAUGCUAUGAUCGUUCAUACGCAGAAUGUUAAGGAGCCCUAUAAUCAUUGUGCGCAUUGGCGCACCAGCGGGGUUUACGCGUGGUAUUUUUUGUAUUUUGCGGGCAUUUAUAAUCAGCAUGAAAAACACUAAUACCUCGUAGAUAUAAAGUUCACAACUGGCUAUUCGGGCAUUUUGCAAACCAAUCUACAACUUUCUAAUUGAACUUUGUUAUCUAUAUUCGUUUAUUGAAAAGGUAGCCUAUUGAAAAUAUCUAAAUAAACAAUAUUUUAGAACACAAAAAAUAGUGUAACUUCAGGCAACGGUGAGCAACAUGCAUUUGGUCACGUCGAAAGAACGUGUUCCUGCAUAUAUUUUUAAGUCGAGCUAACGUUACGUUGACACAUUGUAUCCAUGUAGCAUGCAUCACCCACCAGCAUGCGUAAGGCUGGCUCACUUUAUUUAUGCAAGUUUAACUGUUUGAAUUGAUAUAACAUGCCAAGCAUUUUAUCGCUUUUUUCUCGGUGCUCCAAUGCUUAUCUGGGCUUCGUGAGUUGUUUAGCGAAAUGAUGAUAAGAAGAAACCAUCUCGAAUAAGUAGUGGGAUACUUUCUACAAACUAUUGUCCAUGAUGGAGGCAAAUAAAUUCUGGUACAGCUCCGA